GACAGCCUAAACAAAAAAAAUUGAACAACAUUUUAGAAAUUUUCGACGUAAAAUUUUUAAUUUAUCUUCGUAUUAAAGUUCAGAAGUUCUAAAUUGAAUAUGGAAUCAUCAACGCAAGGUGCCUCUUCUUCGGAAGCGACGAAAGAUCCAGCAGAAUCUUCUGGGAAUAUCGAGGAAAUUGAGCAAAAGGAUGUGCUUGAAUAUGUCGCAGAACUUUCCACCAAGUAUGAACAGAAAUCGACAAUGCGUGCGGCUAAUGUGUCCCCCGAAAGGCCUUCGGAAUCCUUCUUUAGUCGGUGCGAUUCGAGCCUCAAAAGAAACACGGCUUUCGUGAAAAAGUUGAAACAAUUCACUGCGGCUCAGCUGGAUGGUUUGUUGCGGGACAUGUCUGAUCUGAACCUGACCAAGUACAUUUCCGAAGUUAGUGCAGCAAUUGUCGAAGCUAAGCUCAAAAUGAGUGAUGUAGGACCAGCUCUGGUUCUGUGCAGCAAGUUGCAUCAGCUAUAUGUAGAUUUCAGUGGAAGUUUUUUCGAAAGUUGGCAGAAAAUCCUGCACGUGAAAGCUGGAGAGAAAAUUGCCAACCCUAGCAAGAUGCGGGUGGAUUUAAGAUUUUAUGGUGAACUUAUCAGUGUGGGUAUUUUCACCAAUAAAACAGGACUGCCACUGUUAGGAGCAUGCUUAACGGCACUGAUUUCACAGGAUAAAGAAGAGCAUAGUAAUUUGUCCAUCAUCUUGUCGUUCUGUCGACAUUGUGGAGAUGAAUACGCCGGUCUGGUUCCUAAAAGGAUCAAAGAACUGGCUAAAAAACACGCGAUAGCUAUUCCCAGCUCAAGUCUGCUAACGGCUGAUAAGCAACAAAAUGUGCGAAAUUUACUAAAAGAUUAUUAUCAAACGCUUUGCGAGCAUCUGAAAAAUGAACACAAACAGCUGCAAUAUGCGGAAAAAUCUAAACGAAGAUUGCUCGAAUCCAAAGGAGAAAUUCCGAACGAUAAGAAAGAGCAAAUCGAGAUGCUUCAAAACAGCUACGAUAAGCUGCUCUCGUCGACGCAAUCGAUGGCAGAUCUGUUGAAUGAGAACCUACCGGAGCUUACGAUUGAAGUUGAAUCCGGCCCAUCAGAGGGUAACGUCAUUGACAACAUAGGUGAUGAGCAAUUUGCAAAUUUGGAUCCCUGGGGUGAUGAAGAUACCAAAAACUUUUACGUAAAUCUUCCGGAUCUUAGGCAGUUUCUGCCUAACUAUUGCGGAAAAAAGGAUGAAGUUGUGUCGGACGAACCGGCCAUGACAGAGGAGGUGUUGGAUAUGGAAGUAGAGCCAGAAACAGAUGCAGACGACACAGUGGAGCUUCCUCCUGAGUUGUCGGAAUCUGCAGAAGUAGAAGAAGAAUCCAAUACUGCUCCCAGUACUCCCCAUCAUCAUGCUAAUCGCGAGUAUUUUGAAAGUUUUAUUGUAAAUUUACAAAAUUGUGUCAACACCGAGCUGAUCGAUUCGGCAGCCAUUGAUUUUUUAUUAACUUUGAACACGAAAAAUAACCGGAAACGGAUUGUAAAAGUUUUGUUCAAUGUCCAGCGAACGCGCCUUGAUUUGCUUCCGAUGUAUGCUCGCUUUGCGGCCAUCGUCAACCUGGUUUCGCCGGAUGUAGCAGUUGAUUUAUGUCAGAUGUUGAAGGUAGAUUUCAAAUAUCAAAUAAAGAAGAAGGAUCAGAUCAAUAUCGAAACCAAAAUUAAGGUUGUGCGCUAUAUCGGGGAGCUGGUCAAAUUUGGCAUUUACAACAAAAUAGAAGCUCUCUUCUGUUUGAAAUGCUUGUUGCACAACUUUCAACAUCAUCACAUCGAGAUGACUUGUGCGUUUUUGGAAGUUUGUGGAAUUUAUCUGUAUAACUCGAGAGAGAGUCGUCUGCGCACCAAUGUUUAUCUGGAGCAAAUGAUGCGUCUGAAAACAAACACCACAAUGGACAGUCGUCACGCGCAACAGGUCGAGACGGCGUACUAUCUGGUGAAGCAACCGGAAGGUAUGCGCAUUCAGCGAAAGGUUCGCCCUAUACUCCACACCUAUAUUCGCCAUUUGGUAUUUGAAGAGCUCAACAAAUCCAAUGUGGACAAAAUGAUUAAACUGUUGCGCCGCCUGAAUUGGGACGAUCGAGAAACGCACGACUAUGCUGUCAAGUGUCUGUCCAAAGCGUACAAUAUUCGGUAUCAUUUGAUCCGUAGUUUGGCAGAUUUAGUGUCCGGUUUGAGUUCAUAUCAGGAGAAAGCUGUCAUUCGAGUUAUUGACGCCGUGUUUGAAGACAUUCGAGCAGGGUUAGAGAUUCACGACACGAAAUUAGCCCAACGAAGGAUAGCUAUUGCCAAAUACUUGGGAGAGUUAUACAACUAUAGACUGGUAGAGUCGGGAAAUGUGCUGAAUACGCUCUACUCUAUCAUUUCGCUGGGAGUCAGCUUCAGCCAUGAGGUUCCGUCUGAUGUAGAUCCGCCAGGAAGUUUGUUUAGAUUAAAGCUAGUUUGCGUACUGCUAGACACUUGUGGACAGUAUUUCACAAGCGCGUCCAGUCGGAAACGCUUGGACUAUUUUCUGAUAUUUUUCCAACAUUACUAUUGGUUCAAAAAGUCAGACCCUAUAUUCACGAACGAUGCUAAUAAAGAUUUGUUUCCUAUUCUCGUUGACCACAUGUAUAAGGAAUGCUUUAAAAAUUUGCGACCAAAACUCAAACUGUAUGCCAGUUAUGACGCCGCAAAGGAUGCUGUUGAAGGAUUGCGCAAGAAGCUGUACCCGGAACUUUUGGCUAUGAAAGAUGACGAUGACAAGAGUUUGAAAACCAUUCCGGAGAACGAUACUGAUGAUAAGGAUGACACGGUGACGGAAGACUGCACAUCAGAGGCUUUUGGCGAGUCCGACGACGACGAUGACAAGCCCAGAAAUGCUAGGGACGAAGAUGAAGAUGUAAUUGAUGCAGACGAUUUAGAUAACGACUACGAUGAUGAUGAAAACGGUUUUGAUGCUGAUUUGGAUGGUAUAGUUAAGGAUUCACCUCCGGAGAAAACUGCAGAAGAUCUGGAGUUUGAAAAAGAAUUCGAACGAAUGGCAACGGAGAGUUUCCUUGAGCGACUUAAAGAACCGUCUAAAUUGAAUAGUAAAGACAUUCCAGUACCGAUCACCAUGCGGAGUAGCAAUACUAAAAAGACCUAUGAGCAGCUACAGGAUAAUAAUAUAGAAAAGCCAGACACGGUUCCAUUCGUAUUAAUGGUUCGAGGUAAGGGUAAACAGCAGCAGUACAAAACGUUUGAAGCUCCCUCAACCAGUCAGCUGGCAAUCUAUUUGAAAGAUCAAGAACAAAAACAAAAGGAAGAAAAUGACAGCGUUAAACGCUUAACACUCAACAUUACCGAACGGCUCGAAGAGGAAGAUUAUCAGGAGUCGUUACUAGCGAGCCAACGCUCACCGGCUAGCAACAGGAUACGGAUACAGAAACCACCAAAAUUCAAACACCCGAAAGGGGCCCCCGAUGUUGAUGCAAUCUUUCACUAAAAGCGUAGCUUUAUUCAAAAACAUAGUUCUAAGCGUUUCGCUUUAAUUAAAUUAUUUAACGUACUUAGUCUAGAUUUCAAAAACGUUGGAUUCGAAAACCUGGAAAUAAAACAUUACGUAACUUUUUCCAAAGCAAGCAAA